AUGGGCGAGGUCGAGGUGCCGACCCGCGCCGUGCGUGGCUGGCUGGAGCCGCUGCUGCGCCCCAUGGAGCUGCGCGAGGGCUUCCAGGUGUCGGUGCACGCGUGUCCGCGGCUGAUGCUGCGCGAGCUCAAGCACGUGUUCCCGGCGCAGUUCCAGCGCAAGGGCAGCGACGCGGCGGUGCUGGCCGUGCUCACGUGCCAGAAGUCGCUCAUGGACCUGAGCCAGUACGGCGUGGACGCCGACAAGGAGAAGGACCGGCUGCUUGAGACCUUCGUGGCCUUCGCGCAGCAGGUGGCCAACGCGCUCAUCGCCAAGAAGUACUGGGCCGACUUCAUCGACCCCUGCUCCGGACUGCCGAUGCUGACGCUGUCGAGCAACAAGGUGUACAGCGAGGUGGACGGCGUGGAGCUGCUGCUGCGCUACCGCUGUCUGAGCGCCGGCAUGUGCAAAAUCCUGGUGCACCCCGUGUGGGGCGCGGCGGUGUACCCGGCCUCGCUUUUCACGACGGCGCCGUAUGAGGUGGUCAAGGAGGUGCUGCAAUCGCUGCCGGACGAAGCCUGGAACGCCGGAUCUUGA